AUGAAGGCGAAAGGAGAGUUGAAGGAAUAUGAAGUCAUUGGGCGUAAACUGCCCUCGGAGAGCGACCCCAAGCCUCCUCUAUAUAAAAUGAGAAUCUUCUCUCCAGACCCGAUAGUGGCUAAGUCGCGGUUUUGGUACUUUUUAAGACAACUCAAGAAGUUCAAGAAGACCACCGGAGAAAUUGUUUCAAUCAGGGAAAUCCCAGAGAGGAGUCCCAUCAAGAUAAAGAACUUUGGUAUCUGGCUGCGUUAUGAGUCUCGUUCAGGAGUCCACAACAUGUACCGAGAGUACCGUGCCCUCAGUGUGGGUGAUGCGGUCACACAGUGCUACAGAGACAUGGGCGCUCGGCACAGGGCUCGAGCUCACUCCAUACAGAUUAUCAAAGUGGAGGUAAUCAAGGCCGCCGCCUGCCGUCGUCCUCAAGUGAAGCAGUUCCACAACAGCAGCAUUCGUUUCCCGCUGCCCAAACGUGUCCACCAUUACAAGAGACUCAACACCUUCGCAUACAAGCGACCAAGCACAUACUUCUUGUAA